UUUAAACAGCAGUAUGCACUUCAGUCGGACGUCAGUGACCGAUGCUUCAAUCGCGAUUCCUAUCGUUCGUCUACGUACAACGACAAAAUUCUGAACAUUUUUUUUUGUGCUUGUGAAGAGUGCAGAUCAUGUCUGUACCAAGGACUUUGUGUCCAAUUCUCAGUCGAUGGAAAAUAAUAUCAAUAUUAUUUUCAUUCAUUAUUUUAAUCAAUGGACAUCCACUUAAAGAUCAAAAGCUAGAAUCAGCUGUAGAAGGAAUUCAAAAGUAUUUAGAAUCAUCCGGAUUUCCGAAAAUGACUCGUGGCGAAGUUUUAGAAUUUCUUAAUGAUUUUUCUCAUAGCUCUCGUGUAAGUCGUUCUGAUGCUUCAAAAGACAAAAAAUCUACAUCUGUCACCAGUCCUAUACCAAUAGUUUAUAUGAAUAAUCAAGUAAAAGAAACAAAUACUGUUUCUAUACCAGAAGGACAAUCACCACUCUCUUACGGGUACCCGGCUAGUAUGGAUAAGACAAUAGGUCGUACUCCUACGACCGAACCACCCAUGAUUUUUGUUACUGUACAAAGUAGAAAAACACCUGCAAAAAGUUCUAAGUCUUUAGAGUCGAUACCUAGCUCUGUAACAGAAGGAGAACUUGCAGCAAAGAAAAACAUAGGCCCAUCGAUAGAUUUAAAUGCUUAUGCCACGUUUAAAAAAAUCCCCGAAGGUAGAAGCGCAAAAAUUGAAGAUGUUGAGAUGAAAUCACUAUUAGCAUCGUAUGGAUUGUUGGACACGCCAAAAGUGCCAAUGAUAAAACCAAUAGAAGUAGAAAGACGCAAAGAUGAUAACGAUUUAAGUGACACAGAAACUAUGGAUGAAAAAGUUUUAAAGACCGUAUUGUUAGAAACUGGAAAUGGAAAUGUAAAUGUAUCUGAAAUAGGAAAAUUAUUUGAUAGUGUCGAAAAAUCAACCAGAAAUCACGUAUUCAAUCCUUCAGAUUCAUCAAUAAAAACACUGGAUGUUAACAAGAUAGCUAAGAUCGUUCAAAACAUUAAACUUCUUGCUGAUGACAAGAAUACUAUUACUUUAUCCCAAGAAGCAAUUCAAAAAAAAUUGCAAAACAUUACAGAAGCUAUAAAAACCAUCGAUGAGCCAUCUAGUACUGAAAAUUCGUCAUUCACUGGCUACGAAGUUUUUUUCGACGACAAUUCCAAAGAAAUCGAUUCGGAUUUGCCAGCUGGUUCCACAGAGAUUUCUGUGAAAAAAACAGAGCCCUUAAUUAAGGCACAAAAUAUACCUGAUCCUUUAUCAAUGGACGAACUCCAACAAUUAGCUGAAAAAAAUAAAAUUGAAUUUAAACGUCAAGAACCCGAAAAUGCUACUGAAACGACUACAACAACAACAACAUCAACAACAAUACCGACGACGAUAACUACAGAAAUAUUAUUAGCUAACACCGACACAAGUACGUCGUCUGAAACACCUAUAGACGUUACAACUUCUACAGUCACAGAUUCAUCAUCAGAGGCAAGUUCUGUUGAAGUAACUUCUGAUUCUAGUGAAAGGAAUUCUUUGACUGCCGUGGCUACCGAUGCCAACCCAAGUAUUUCUCAACUAGCCGAGUCAUUUGGAGGUGGCGAAACUGCUAGUGAACCCCCACCGGCUGUUAACCCUGUAACAUCAUCACCAAAGUCCGGAAUUCCAAGAAACGGUUUAUAUUUUUAUGUUGACUGGAAUUCAUUUUUAACCGUUAAUGAAGGUUCACCUAAUCAAGUUAACUUAAGGUUUGCUCCUAAAGCUGGUAAUCCGGCUCAUUUCCUAAAAGUUACAGUGCCUUAACUAUUUUAGAAGAAAGUAAAUUAUUUUAUUUAUUUGUUUUGCUGAAUCACAUUACUAUUAAUCUUAAAGUUAAUAUAUUUCUUUGAAAAACAUACGUUUUCGAAAAUGAAAUUAUUACAUGAAAAAAUUGUGCUUAGUUUAUGUGAGGUAAAAUUGCUUAUAUUAAUUUAAAAUAAAAAAUAUUAUUUAUUAAAAUUGUCCACUUUUAAAUAAGUUCAAACAUAUAUCAGGUGGGACUGACUCUUACAACUUUUGAUAUAAUUGAUAUAUAAAUAUAUAUAUAUUUAUAAUAGACGGGUGUCUACCCAACCCAAACCCAACCCAACCCAUGUGAAAAUGCUUUAUUAUCAUUAUUGUUUAAAAUAACAAUAAAAAAUAAGAUUAUACAUAAAUUAUAAAUGCAUAAGCUAUUAAAAAGAUAAAUCACAGUAAAAUGUAAAUUGUAUCAAAAGUUGUUAGUUAAAUCUGUUUUACUCUGUAUAAAAAAAAAAAAAAAAUUUACUAGUUUGUUUAAAGUAACAUGUAAAUAUUGAAUUUUGUAAAAUUAAAAACAAAAAAUACGCUUUCCAAGUUGUAGUUGCAAUAAGAACUCUAGUCUAUAUUUCACAUUUGCUUUGAAUUUCUAUCAAAUGGAAGUGCAGAAAAAUUAUAACUAACUCAUGAGUUUUUACCACAUCACAAUCAUUGAGAAGCUUGAUGUGUAAUAAGUGUUAGUUAAGCCUCCAUUCAAAUAUUACUUUAAUUCAACCCUAGAAUUAAAAAUGCUCUGCACACGCUUAUACAUAUUAUAGAAUCACUUUUUUCUAACGUACACAUUCAAAUUAAUUACUUACAAUUUUUAAUGAGAUUGAAAAAUAGCCAAAAUAUUUCAUACUAUGGAAUAAUAUUAUCUUAUUACUAUAUUGAUUAAGAGAGACGGUGUGGCCGAAUCGGUAAAGCGACAGACCUUGACGCGCACUGCCACAGGUUCAAAACUCGGUCAUGGGCGGCUUUAUUUGACGAGCAAGAAAUCAGUCCAGUAAGUGGAGUCGCCAUCCAUCUUGCCAUUGACGGAUUAACCCAUCCCAGAGUAUCAAUGGUUAAGAGAACCUCCCUUUUGGUUGAGGUCGCUAUAGCCUUUAAUGAGACUAAAAAGCUAAAAACUUAAUUGUUUAACAAUAUGUAAAAAUUACUAGCGUUUAUUUUAAAAAAUUACCGAUUUAUGAUUAUUUGAUAUAAUAUUAUAAAUUAGUUAUUGGAAAAUAAAAGAUUCGUAUUUUUUCAUUAUACCUCAUUUUAAUUUAUGUAUAAAUUUAUUUAAAUAUAUCAAGCAUUUAACAACCGCUGUAUCUUAAAUAUUACAUUAAUCAUU